AUGGGGUGCUGCUCAGGCAGAUGUAUGCUGAUACUCCUAUGCAGCAUACAAUUGAUUACUGCCCUGGAGCGGCAGGUGUUUGAUUUUAUGGGCUAUCAGUGGGCCCCCAUCCUGGUGAACUUCCUACACAUCAUAGUGGUCAUCCUGGGCCUUUUUGGAGCUGUCCAGUACAGGCCACGUUAUGUUAUACUGUACAUUGUCUGGACUCUGCUUUGGGUUGGAUGGAAUAUCUUCAUCUGCUGCCUUUAUCUGGACAUAGGAGGUCUUUCCAAGGACAGUGAUUACCUGUCACUUGGGAUUUCUACACACCGUUCAUGGUGGAAGGACAAUGGGCCGGGAUGUGACGAUAAAAACAUCCCAGCCACUAGGUGGCAGAGUGACGACAGCUCUUUUCUCAUGUCUGAAUUGACCUGUCUGCUAAAGUAUCAGUACAUCGAGGUUCUGCACAGUGCUCUGCAACUGCUUAUCUCUCUACUGGGAUUUGUGUUUGCCUGUUAUGUGGUCAGCAUCUUUAACGACGAGGAAGACACAUUUGAUUUCAUUGAUGGCUUUGAUCCAUUUUCUGACAUAAAUGACAAGGAGAAAGCUUCCCAUCUCUUCCUGUAG